AUGACCCCAUCCUGCCCAGACGGCGUCCACCUCUGUUCUUUCAGCGAUUUCAACGAUGAGUUCCACGUUGGCAUAGUUGUUAUUAUUAGUUCCGCCAGGAACUUCCACGUACUGGUCGGCCAUUCUGAUGUACUCGGCAUUGGCCUCGAGGUCUUCUGGAGUAGCCAUGGCCACGAACUGGAUGGCUCUUUCGUUGCCGAAAGUUUCGUAGGCCCAUUUUCUAACAGAACGGAUCUCUUUCACGGCACCGAUACCGUUGUUUGCAAUAAGAAUUUUCUGAAUGACUGUGUGACCUUCAUGUUUGACCACAAAGUCCUUAACAUCUGA